AUGGUACGUCAAGAUAUUUUGUCCCGGGCCAUCCACCUGCAGAUGACAUUGCAGGUGAAAGCCAUGUGGAUAAGCUUGACACAACCUUACACUGUUGCAUCCACCUGCCUUCCUCCGCAUAAUCUCAACAUAGAUGAUUUGGAAGACCUACUUGGGCAGUUGUCUCAUAUAUUUCUACUCUUAGGAGAUUUCAGUGGCCAGCAUCACCUCUGGGAUGACACUUUUGACACACCCACACACUUCCAAAAUCAAGCUGGGACAUUCUCUAAUAUCAACCUGUCAGCUGGUUCACCUGGUUCACAGCUGGAUCUUACCUGGCAUAGAACACUUACAUGUAAGCAACCACUUUCCAAUACUAUUAGAGGUGAAUGGCAUACCAGCCAAUGGGGUGAAGAUAUGGCACCUUGA